GUCACUGCUGCCGCUGCCGCUGUGGUCCCAUGAACAAAGCAGAGGGAAUGGCCCAGGAAGUGGAUCUGAGCUCCCUGCAGGACCUGGAACAGAAUGUUGUCCUGCAGGUGCUGUACCGAGACCAGGCCGUUCGGCAGAUUGAGGAGGAAAGGAUCCGGAAGCUGCGAGCGCACCUGCAGCAGCUCCGAUGGAGAGGAGCCAAGAGCCCGAGCCGGACAUACACAGAGAAGUCCUGUGCACGCUGUCAGCGGCCACUGGGGCUCCUGCUGAGCCGGGGGGCUGUGUGCCAGGGUUGCAGCCACCGCGUGUGCGCCGCGUGCCGCGUGUUCCUGCGGAGGACUCCCGUCUGGAGGUGCACCGUGUGCUUCGAGGACAGAAAUGUGAAAAUAAAAACCGGAGAGUGGUUCUUUGAGGAGCGAGCCAAGAAAUUUCCAACUGAAGGCAAACACGAGACAGUUGGGGCCAGGCUCCUGCAGGCUUAUCAGAAGCCGAGCAAGAUCUCCGUGGUUCCUCCUACUCCACCUCCUCUCAGUGAAAACCAGUGUGGCUGCAGCCCUGGUGGGGACCUGGGCCAAUUUAAAGGAUUUAAUAAAUCGUUGGAAAAUUUGUUUCUGUCUGUUACUACCCACAUGAAAAAACUCUCCAAGUCCCAGAAUGACGUGACUUCUGAGAAGCACCUGCUGGCCACUGACCCCCGGCAGUGUAGGGGCCGCUCCGAGAGACGCAGCCAGUCUGAUACGGCCGUCAACGUCGCCAACAGGAAGGUCAGUGCUCCGGAUGUCCUGAGGCCCCUUGGCCAGGAGAAGCCCAGAGGACCCGCUAGCUCUGACCGGAAGCAAGAAGACCUCUCCUGCAGUCCAGCAUCCGGCACUUUAUUCUCCAGAGGCCUGAGACACGAGAGCUUAAUUAGCAUUAACAGCACGAGCACAGAACUGGGUAAUUUUGAUAACGCCAAUGUAACUGGAGAAAUAGAAUUCGCCAUUCAUUAUUGCUCUAACACCCACUCGUUAAACGUGUACAUCGAGGCCUGUAAGAACCUUGCCUACGGAGACGAAAAGAAGAAAAAGUGCAAUCCGUAUGUGAAGACCUAUCUGCUGCCCGACAGAUCCUCCCAGGGAAAGCGCAAGACCGGAGUCCAAAGGAACACACUCAACCCCACCUUCCAUGAGACCUUGACGUACCAGGUGGACCCUGCUCAGCUGGUGUCACGGCGGCUGCAGGUCUCCGUGUGGCACCUAGGCAUGCUGGGCCGGCGAGCAUUUCUGGGAGAAGUGGUCGUUCCUCUGGCUACGUGGGACUUUAAGGACAACAUGACACAGUCUGCCCGCUGGUAUCUGCUCCAGACCAAGGCGGAAAGAUCUGAAGACACCUGUGCUCAGAAUAAUGGUGAACUUGCUGUCCGGGCCAAACUGGUCCUGCCUACAGGGCCCAGAAAGUUCCAGGGCGCUCAAGAUGGAAUGGGCGAUCAGACAUCACUCAGUGGACAGCUGUGUCUGGUCGUGCUGGGAGCCAAGCAUUUGCCUGUGCGGUCAGAUGGCACCUUAAACGCCUUUGUUAAAGGCUGCCUCACCCUGCCGGACCAACAGACGCUGAGGCUGCGGUCCCCAGUCCUGAAGCAGCAGGCUUGUCCCCAGUGGAAGCACUCCUUCGUCUUCAAUGGCGUCAGCACUUCCCAGCUGAGGCAGGCCAGCUUGGAGCUGACCGUCUGGGAUCACACCAUCUUCGGGAUGAGCGACCGUCUGCUUGGGGGAGCCAAGCUUGGGGCACGAGGCGAGGCAGCCGGGGGCGCAGACGCAUGUGUGCAGUGCCGACUCCAAUGGCAGAGGGUGCUGUCCAGCCCCAACCUGUGGACAGACAUGACGCUCAUCCUGCACUGAGAAGUCUCCUGGUCCCAGGCAAAGCCCAGGGAGCAUGGAGUAUACGGGAGAGAACCAGUGCUCCAACUGUGUCCAGUGGCUGAGACCGCCGGCCAUCUCUCCGUAUUUAUGUUAAACUGAUGCUCUGCUGCUAAGUCGAGGAUGGGCUGGGUCCAGGUCUCGGGACACGUGGCAAACAGCCCGAUGUCAAUAAACGGCUGAGCUCUUGCA